AUGCCAGCUACAAAGAGAAAGGCCGGAGCCAACACCAAGACUGCUGGUGGUAAAAGAGCCCGGUUCGGUGAUGUCUCCAUCGUUACUGAUGCUGAAGAACCGACUCUUCCAUCCGCUGGACGGCCAAAGCGAGCAUCUGCUAGUAGCCCGCAGUAUGCCCCUCCCCGCCGCACACGCCGAUCUACCAACAAUGAAGACACCACCCCAGCUUCACCUGCUGCGGAGACUCUUACCCCGAAGAAGCGCGGUAGACCGGCCAAGGCCACUGCUGCUAAGCUUGAGACUCCUCCUCCUCCGUCUGUGAUUGUCCAAAAGAAAAGAGAUCUACAGGCCAAAAGUACCACCGCGAUCACAUCCAAAAGUAAUACUAGUAAGAAACAGGCACAAGACGCAAAGAAGACAGUCAAUGCUCCCAAAUCUACCAAUACCUCUCCCAAACGUACGAGCAAUAAGAACACUUCUAUCACGAAAAAUAGGCAAGAUGCGGAAACUAAAUAUGAAUCUAAGUCUGGACCAUCCCAGGAGAUGGAUGCAGAGAGCGGGGCUAAGGACAACGCUGAUCUUACCCAUCCAGUGGAGGGAAUCGACCAAGACAUCCAGUACUGGCUCAUGAAAGCUGAACCUGAGUCGCGAAUUGAAAAGGGUCAUGAUGUCAAAUUCUCCAUUGACGAUCUUGCCGCCAAGUCUGAGCCAGAAGGAUGGGAUGGUGUGCGCAAUCCAGUGGCACGCAAUCACAUGAGAGCUAUGCGAGCUGGCGAUCUUGCGUUUUUCUAUCAUUCCAACUGCAAGACCCCAGGCGUCGCUGGUGUGAUGCGCAUUGUCGGGGAACAUGAAGUUGAUGAGUCUGCCUUCGACCCCAACCACCCAUACUACGACGCCAAAUCCGACCGCGAGAAGCCAAAAUGGGAGCUUGUGCGUGUCGAGUUUGUCAAGAAGUUCAGCGAUCUCGUCACACUCAAAGAGCUGAGGUCAUAUUCACUGCCUGGUAGUGCCUUGCAAAAUAUGGUCAUGCUCAAGCAAUCUCGUCUGAGUGUUUCUCCGGUCACUCCAGCCGAGUGGACUUUCAUCCUGGAGUGUGCUGGCGAAAAGCCGUCUCUGGGCCACCCAGCACCGCGAGAUGGCUAUGAGACUGAUGUGGAUGGUGAGGGAGAAGCUGUUACGGGCGUGGAGGAAACUCUUCAGUUCAAUGGUGACAACACUAAGGAUCAGGCGCUGUCUCAACACAAUGGCCACGUCGUCGCAGGCAAACGCCAAAUCAUGGAAGGCACUAUUGCACUGGCAGGCUUGACGACACUGAAAAAGAAGAUGCGGACGGAGACAUGA